AUGCCUAUUCCAAAACCACACGGAGGUCAACUUAAUGACUUGAUUAUUCGUGAUGCUGAAAAAAAGCCACAGUUGUUGAAAGAAGUUGAAACUUUACCACAUUUGACAUUAACCCCAAGACAAUUGUGUGAUUUAGAAUUGAUCUUGAAUGGUGGGUUCUCUCCAUUGACUGGAUUUCUUAAUGAAGAUGAUUACAAAAGUGUUGUUGAAGAUUUACGUUUGACUUCAGUCAAGAAUGAUCAAGGUAAAGGAUUGAUCUGGCCAAUUCCAAUUACUUUGGAUGUUUCUCCACAAACUGCUCAACAAUACAAAAUUGGUGAUAGAAUUGCUUUGUUAGAUUUAAGAGAUGAAACUCCAUUGGCCAUUUUAACUAUUGAGUCAAUCUAUACUCCAGAUAAACAAAAGGAAGCCAAGCUGGUUUUUAGAGGUGAUCCAGAACAUCCAGCAAACAAAUAUCUUUUCGAAACUGCUGGUGAUGUUUACAUUGGUGGUUCAUUGGAAGGUAUCAACUACCCUAAACAUUACGACUAUGUUGAUGCAAGAAAGACUCCAACUGAAUUGAGAAAAGAAUUUGAUUCCUUGGGAUGGACUAACCAAAAUAUUGUUGCUUUCCAAACAAGAAAUCCAAUGCAUAGAGCUCACCGUGAAUUAACCAUUAGAGCAGCUAAUGAUAUUGGAUCAAAUGCCCACAUUUUGAUUCAUCCGGUUGUUGGUUUGACUAAACCAGGAGAUAUUGAUCAUCAUACAAGAGUUAAAGUCUAUAAGCAAAUUCUACAAAAAUUCCCUGAUGGAUUAGCUUCAUUAUCCCUUUUGCCUUUGGCUAUGAGAAUGGGUGGUGAUAGAGAAGCCUUGUGGCAUGCUUUAAUCAGAACCAAUUAUGGUGUUGAUCAUUUCAUUGUUGGUAGAGAUCAUGCCGGUCCUGGUAAAAACUCACAAGGUGUUGAUUUCUAUGGUCCUUAUGAUGCACAAGAAUUGUUACAAAAGUAUCAAGAUGAAUUGGAUAUCAAAAUUGUUCCAUUUAGAAUGGUUACUUACUUACCUGAUGAAGAUAGAUAUGCACCAAUUGAUACUAUUGAUACCUCAAAGGUUAAAACUGCCAACAUUUCCGGAACCGAAUUGAGAAAUAAAUUGCGUACUGGUGAUGCCAUUCCCGAGUGGUUUUCAUACCCUGAAGUUGUGAAAAUUUUGCGUGAAACUAACCCACCAAGAUUUAAACAAGGUUUUGUCAUCAUUAUUGAAACUGAGUCGAAAUUGGGUCAAUAUUUGAGCUAUGCUUUACAAUCGACUUUGAAUCAAUUUAGUGGUGAAAGAAGAAUUACUAAAAUCGAUCAACAAGAACACAAUGUUGAACCAUUCAUUAUUAAUGAAUUGGUCAAAUCAGGUGCUGGUGUCAUCUUGACAACUGAAAAUACUCACACUGAUAAAAUUGCCAAGUUGGUAGGUGAUGGAAAUUCCAUUAUUGUUGGAUCAAAGGGUGACGCAUUCAAGGGACAAUUUAAAUUGAACGAAGAUCUCAAUGUCACGAUUGAUGAAAUUGUAUCCUUCUUACAAGAACAAGGUUUUUAUUAA